GCGGGCCUAGUGGCGCGAGCGCUCUCGGUGGGCCCUGCUGGAGGCUGCCAGGGUGAGCCUCCGGCAUGGCCUCCAAACAAACUAAAAGAAAAGAAGUGCAUCGGAUCAAUUCUGCGCACGGAUCUGACAAAUCUAAAGAUCUCUACCCUUUUGGCAGCAGUGUGCCACCAGGUUCUGUGGAACAGAAGAAGGGGAAGUUCCCGAUCUGGCCAGAGUGGAGCGAGGCAGACAUAAAUGCUGAAAAGUGGGAUGCAGGCAAAGGAGGGAAGGAGAAAGACAAAACUGGCAAGAGCCCCAUCUUUCACUUUUUUGAAGACCCUGAAGGAAAGAUUGAAUUACCACCAUCCUUGAAAAUCUUUUCCUGGAAACGUCCACAAGAUUUUAUAUUCAGCCGACCUCCUGUAGUUGUGAAAAAUGAAAUCAUGUUUGACUUGUUUUCACCAAAUGAACAUUUGCUCUGCAGCGAGCUUAUGAGGUGGAUUAUCAGUGAAAUCUACGCCGUGUGGAAGAUCUUCAAUGGAGGGAUUCUGCACAAUUACAAUAAAGGAAAUUCAGGAGAGCCUCCUACACUGCUCUGGAAGCCCUGGGAACACAUAUACUCUCUCUGCAAGGCGGUGAAGGGCCACAUGCCUUUGUUUAACAGCUAUGGGAAGUAUGUCGUGAAGCUUUACUGGAUGGGUUGCUGGAGAAAGAUAACUAUUGAUGACUUUUUUCCAUUUGAUGAAGAUAACAAUCUCUUGCUUCCAACUACAACCUAUGAGUUUGAACUCUGGCCAAUGCUGCUGUCUAAAGCCAUCAUUAAGCUGGCAAAUGUUGACAUCCAUGUAGCUCAGAGGCGAGAGCUGGGAGAAUUUACAGUUAUCCAUGCGCUUACUGGAUGGUUGCCUGAAGUCAUUCCUCUUCAUCCAGGGUAUGUGGACAGAGUUUGGGAGCUCUUGAAGGAAAUAUUGCCUGAGUUUAAGCUCACAGAAGAUCCCAGUUCUGAAAGCAAAAUCACAACGGUAGACAACAAACUGAAGGAACCCGGGAAAGAGACAAAGGAUGUCAAGGAAGUGAAGGAUGGAAAGGAAGUGAAAGAGGGGAAGGAUUUCAAAUCGGAAAGUUCCCUUACGACCCUGAAGGCUCCAGAGAAAGGCGACAAAUCUACCAAGGGUUCCUCAGCAGUACAGACCCCUCAAAUGGUUGUAUAUGCUACCUUUACACCACUCUAUUUGUUUGAAAACAAGAUCUUUACGUUAGAGAAGAUGGCGAAUUCUGCAGAGAAACUUAGGGAAUAUGGGCUUUCUCACAUCUGUAGCCACCCCGUGCUGGUGACCAGAAGUAGGUCUUGUCCCCUUGUGGCACCCCCCAAACCUCCUCCCUUACCUCCCUGGAAACUCAUUCGCCAAAAAAAGGAAACGGUCAUAACGGAUGAAGCUCAAGAUACUGUACCGAAGAAGCCUGAGCAGUUUCUUGAGAUUUCAAGUCCAUUUUUGAACUACAGAAUGACUCCAUUUACGAUUCCAACAGAAACGCAUUUUGUACAAUCUGUCGUUAAGAAAGGGACACCUCUGGGAUCCAUCCUUCCUCCUCUUGUAGAAAAUGAGUUAAAUGCAAGCACCAGCCAAGGAGAGAUGAGCAUAUUAACAGGACACCUGUCGCAGGGUAACCUUCCAUCACAGCCUAUCCCUGGAAAAGAUGAACAGAUAGACUUUUCUCUGGGUGACACCCACCCACCUGAUGCUCAUAGUUUAGAAAAGGAUUUGAUGAGCAUGACCACAGCGACACAGGACAAGUCACAGGAGGACUUGGCAACAGUAAAUGAAGGUGCUUCCAGGGAAAUAUGGUUAGAUUUUGAAGACUUUUGUGUGUGCUUUCACCACAUAUAUAUUUUCCACAAACCGAAUUCUUAUUGUCUUAAUUUUCAAAAGUCAGAAUUCAAGUUCUCAGAGGAACGUGUGCCCUACUAUCUGUUUGUGGACAGCCUGAAGCCUAUUGAACUGCUGGUUUGCUUUUCCGCUUUGGUGCGCUGGGGGGAAUCUGGAGCCUUAACAAAAGACAGUCCCUACGUGGAGCCUGGACUCCUGACAGCCGAAGCCAUCACCUGGAAGUCCCUGAAGCCUCUCAGUGCAGUUUUGAGGAUCCACACCUAUGCUACGAAAGCUGCCAUGGUGCGCCUGCCUGUUGGGAGGCAUAUGCUACUCUUCAAUGCGUAUUCCCCAGUGGGACACGCCUUACAUGUCUGCAGCAUGAUGACAUUUGUCAUCGGGGAUGAAGAUGUCGUACUGCCCAACUUUGAGCCGGAGAGCUACCGAUUUACAGAACAGUCUGUAAUAAUUAUGAAAGCUAUUGGAAAUGUGAUUGCUAGUUUCAAAGACAGAGGUAAAUUGUCCGCAGCUCUGAGGGAUCUACAAGCAGCCCACUAUCCUAUCCCCCUCUACAACAAAGAACUCACUGCUCAGCACUUCAGGGUUUUCCACAUAUCAUUGUGGCGUUUAAUGAAAAAAUCUCAAGUAGCCAAGCCUCCUUUAAACUUCAAAUUUGCAUUUCGGGCUAUGGUUUUAGAAAUGGACUUACUGGAUUCCCUCGUAGAGGAUGCCUCUUUAGCGGAAUGGGUAGACAUUAAAUACUCUAUGCCAAUAAACGAGAAGGAGUAUUCUCCCGAGGAAAUAGCUGCGGCAGUGAAAAUCCAGUCCAUGUGGAAAGGGACUUAUGUCAGACUGCUCAUGAAAGCCAGAAUGCCAGACACGAAGGAAAAUGCCAGUGUUUCAGAUACACUUCAAAAAAUUUGGGCAGUACUAGAGAUAAAUUUGGAGCAGUAUGCACUUUCUCUCCUAAGACUAAUGUUUAAAAGCAAGUGUAAGUCUAUGGAGUCUUACCCAUGCUAUCAAGAUGAAGAAACCAAGGUUGCCUUUGCUGACUACACGGUCAACUAUCCAGACCAGCCACCGAAUUCUUGGUUUAUAGUCUUCAGAGAAACGUUUCUGGUUCCUCAAGACAUGAUCUUGGUCCCUAAAGUAUACACAACACUCCCGAUCUGUAUGCUGCAUGUUGUCAACAAUGACACGAUGGAGCAAGUGCCCAAGGUCUUCCAGAAAGUGGUGCCGUACCUGUACCCCAAGAACAAGAAGGGAUACACGUUUGUGGCUGAAGCUUAUACUGGUGACGCUUAUGUGUCAGGCGCGCGCUGGAAACUGCGGCUCAUUGGCUCCUACAUCCCGCUUCCUUUUCUCUCCCGAGAGUCUCCUUGCAGCACCUUCACCAUAAAGGAGAUCAGAGACUACUACAUCCCUAAUGACAAGAAAAUCCUGUUCAGGUACUCCAUUAAAGUGUCAGUGGCCCAGUGCAUUACAAUCCAGGUCCGCACAUCCAAGCCCGAUGCCUUCAUCAAGCUGCAGGUGCUGGAAAGCGAGGAGACCAUGGUGAGCACCCAGGGCAAAGGACAAGCCAUCAUCCCUGCCUUCUACUUCCUGGGAAGUGAGAGAGCACUGAGCUCCCAGUCUAGCAAGCAAAUUCUCUUAUCUCAUACUUCACCUAAAAAAGAACCAGAAGUAAUGACAAAGAAAAAAACCGGGCAAAUAGGCCAGAAAUCCUUUAAGGGCAGACCUGGGAGUGUGGCGGUAGAGGUAGGUCUGCCCCUGCUGGAAGAAGAAGUUAUGAAUGUGCCUACUAUAGAAGAAAAUUCUAGCACAGCACAACAGUGCUACAAGUACAUCAUACAGUGCUUGGUGAUGUUUAACAGCUGGCCUCUCACAGAAACGCAGCAGGUGUUUGUUCAAGCACUAAAAGACUUAGAGAAAUUUGAUAGCAGAGCGCCCAGGAGGCAGAGGCAGGUGGAUCUCGCUCAUGUAGAGAAGCAUGAAGAACUAACUACCAUAGGAAGCCCAGAUUCCCAUGCUGCCAGUGAAGGGCAGAAAUCUGUAGGGAUUUCCAAAACAACACGGAAAGGCAAAGAUAAGGCUGCGGAGAAAGAGAAGUUGGCCAAGGAAAAGCAAACGCCUCGCUUUGAACCUCAGCCAAUACCCACUGCUCACUCUCAGCAAGAAGAUCCAAACAAGCCCUACUGGGUUUUGAGGCUGGUUUCUGAACAUAGUGACUCAGACUAUGUGGAUGUGAAAAAGGACACGGAUCGGUCGGAUGAAAUACGAGCCAUGAAGCAAGCUUGGGAGGCGACUGAACCAGGGAGGGCUAUCAAGGCUGCACAGGCCCGUUUGAAGUACCUCAACCGGUUCAUCAAGAAGCCAUCUGAUGUCCCCGGCCAAGAAACUUUGUCUGCAAGCCAGACUCAAUUUAAAACCACAGAUGAAGGAGAAGUAGCAGGAGGUGCUGGGAAAGACACAGACACCAAAGAAGUGCCACUACAUGCAACAGGAAGUGCACCGUUGAAGAAAGAAGACAGCAAAGAAAUGCCACCACCUGCAACAGGAGGUUUGCUUUGGAAGAAGUGGCAACUGUCCAAGAGCAUCAAGGAUCUGUCAAAGUCUACAGGCAGUGAUAGCAAAAUAUCUGUAACAGGGAAGGAAGAGAAAGAGCAGAGUGCACCUAAGGAGACUGUUGUAUCCCGUCCACGAUCUCAGACAGUUCUGGAAACGUCUCCACGACUCAUUCGAAAAGCACUAGAAUUUGUGGACUUCAGUCAUUAUGUACGGAAAACAAGUGACGAGGCUGUGUUGCAAACAGAGGAACUGAACAAGCAGCAAGCAAUGCAGAAGGCAGAAGAAAUCCACCAGUUCCGGCAGUAUAGGUCCCGAAUCCUUAGCGUCAGAGACAUUGAUCAGGAAGAACGUCUGAAGCUAAAGGAUCAUGUUCUAGAAACAUAUGGAGAGAUGCGGGAUUCAGUAGAUGAAGCCCGGCAGAAGAUCUUUGACAUCCGGGAAGAAUACAGAAACAAGUUACUGGAGGCUGAGCGCUUAAGGCUGGAGGCUUUGGCAGCCCAGGAGGCUGCAAUGAAGGCGGAGUCAGAGAAGAAGUCUCCAGUUUCUGACUCACAGAAGAAGAAGAAGCCGGGAAAGAAAAAGUGACCGAGAGGUCCUGUGGCACUCUCUUCUGUAGUGGAAGGAGUGUUGAAGGCACUACCACGUUGCCUUUUGCUAAAACACAGAACAACUGAAACUGGAGAAAACGGUUCCCACUCAGUUUCUUCAUUUAAAUGUUCACUGGUGUCUCAGAUGUUCUAAUUUCACUAAAAUUGCUUUUAAAAAGGUUUAGAUUGUAAAUAAAAUUGUGUUACAU